ACACGCCUGUUAUUCCAUAAAUACCCACCUACCUGCCUCGGAAAACGACAGCCUCAACUUCUGUAGUGUGGUGUGGUGGAUGAUCCCUGAGAGACUAGCUGCAGAUCGCAAACGAGGAGAGCGGAACCAUGACUGAAUACAAGCUGGUCGUAGUGGGAGCGGGAGGUGUGGGGAAAAGUGCGCUAACUAUUCAACUAAUUCAGAAUCACUUUGUCGAUGAGUAUGACCCUACAAUCGAGGACUCAUAUCGAAAACAGGUGGUGAUAGACGGUGAGACGUGUCUCCUGGAUAUCCUGGACACGGCGGGCCAGGAGGAGUACAGUGCCAUGAGGGACCAGUACAUGAGGACGGGCGAGGGGUUCCUCAUAGUGUUUGCCAUCGACAACAUGAAGAGUUUCGAGGACAUCGACUCGUACAGAGGCCAGAUCAGACGAGUCAAGGAUGCCGACGACAUUCCUAUGCUGUUGGUGGGAAACAAGAUUGAUCUCCCGCGAAGGGACGUCGACCAGAAGCUAGCGUCCACGUAUGCAAAGACGCACAACAUGCCAUACAUCGAGACUUCGGCAAAGACGAGACAGGUGUAGACGACGCAUUCUACAGUCUUGUCCGGGAGAUCCGACGCUGGAAGGAGGUCAAGAAUGACGACACAACACUAAAGAACAAAGGGAAAAAGAAGAAGUCAAAGUGCCGUCUACUCUAAUUAUCGCACCUGCAUUUAGCAGCUAUUUCAUAAUAGCCUCUCACUCACAAUUUAAAAAGAUCUCUUUCCAUCACAAAUACGCACACUAUGACGGGCAUUUGGCCGUUCAUAAUGCAGUUUUGCUUUCGUUCUCUCACGUGUAUUAUCAAUUAUUUGUGAACAACAUUAGCAAGAAUUGUGGGUCCACCAAGAUUAUCGUGUUGUUGGUGUACUUGUUAGAGCAAGUUGCGGUGCUAGGUUGCUUUUACUUUCUUUUUGUUUCUGAGUAUGUAUUUAGUGAAAUUACUAAUUUGACACCGUAA